AUGUCGUUCGCGUUUCUGUGGACGAACCACACGCAAAGUGGGACUUCGCGGGGAGAAAGGAUGCGGGAAUAUACAAACCUGCGCAGUGAGGUUGGCCUCUCGAGGUCUUGCAUGUAUAUUGCUGCAGAAAUCGCGAUUUUACCUUCGCCUCAAGAAGAUUCUCAAGCUCAGUCAUCAUUCCUGGCAGUGGCGCGCCGGCCAGUCCCGUCGUGGGUUUUUUGGGCAGAGCAACAGAUGAUGGCCAAAUCGAAGAAGCAAGGCCAGCCGUUCUGGCUUGGAGGUGCUGCUGCAUCAAUGGCAGCAUGUUUCACUCAUCCGUUGGAUCAGACAAAAUACAGGAUGCAAGUUAUGUCCACAAGGCCAAAUAUGCUGCGGACGAUGGUGCAAUUCGCAAGCAGAGAUGGCAUUCGGUCGCUAUGGUGGGGAAUCUCAGCUUCGAUGCUUCGCCAAUCCACGUAUUCGACUGCGAGGUUCGGUCUUUAUAAUUACUUUGCGGGUACAGCUAGAGAACGAACCGGUCAAAGACGGUUACCCAGCUUGUGGGAGAUCGGCUGCGCGGGAGCUGCGGGCGGUCUGGCUGGACUCAUCGGAAAUCCCACAGAGGUUGCUCUGGUGAGGAUGUGUGCCGACGGGGCAAGAUCGCCAAGUCAGCGAUUUGGAUAUAAGCACGCCUUUGACGCCGUUAUCAGAAUCGGUCGUGAAGAAGGUGUUAGGACCUUUAGCAGAGGUCUAGGCCCUAACGUCGUCCGCAGUGUGAUAAUGAAUGUUUCUCAAAUAGCAACGUAUUCCGCAGCCAAGCGGCAGCUCCUUUCGAACCCUUCUUUAGGCCUUAGAGAUGGAAUUUUCACGCAUUUCCUCGCCUCGCUGCUCGCGGGCACGGUUGCUACAACUGCUUGCGCACCUGCUGAUGUUUUGAAGAGCCGGGUCCAGAAUGCAGUUGCCAUCGACGGGGUGAAACCAAGUGUAAGCAAGAUCAUUGCAGAAUCUCUGCGCAACGAGGGCCCGGGAUUUCUCAUGAGGGGCUGGACUCCUGCUUGGCUGAGACUGGCGCCGAAUACGGUCCUCACUUUCAUCUUCAUCGAGCAGCUGCAGAAACUGGUGAAUCUUUCGAGAGAUAUGAAGUCGCCCGAACCAGUGCCCGCUAUGGUGCCCAGUCCUGCAGCCCCUCAGUAG